ACCAUUGGGAUCUCUGUGUCAAAUGUCCCUCUUCCUUUCACAGAGUCGGUUCGCUUCCGGGCAGAAAGGUUAACAACUUGUGCGGUCUGUCGUUUUGUCUCUAUGGUCUCCCUGCAGAAUCUGGAGCUCGCUCUCUAUGGCGGUGGCGGUGCUGCAGUGCCUCAGCGACCCUGUCCCUCAGGACCUGCCACCGGCCACCGGGCUGCUCGUAGCCGGAGGCCAAUGGGCAGCGGCGGCGGCCGGGGCCGGAGCCGGGGGUUCAGCCGGAGCGUUAAUCUUGGCUAUGCGUCCGGCCGGGGUUGAGGCGCAGCCGGUGCUGCUGUGCGCGGCGCUGAUAGAGGCCGAAGCGGCCUCCCGGGCGGAGCUGUGGUUGAGCCGGAGCUUCCUGAGGCAACUGGGCCUGGCGGCGGGGAGGCGGGUGAGGGUCUGGCCGGUGCGGAGGCCGCCGUUGCUAGGCUGGGCCUUGUUGGGAGGAGGAGGACCCGCGGCGGCGGCAACGACGACAACGGCCGCGGGUGCGGGACGGCUUCCCCGGUGGGCGCACGCCGGCGAGCGGCUGGUGAAGGUGAAGCGCGGCGCCGGCCCGGCCUUAGGGCGAGGCGAGGGCGAGAGCCUUUGGGUGACUCGAGGCUGCUUACACAGCCUGGGGCUCUUCCACGGGGAGUGGGUGUCCCUCACGGGCCAGGAGGGAGACUCCCCCGGGGACGGAGCCAGCCACCUGGCCGUCGUGCGAGUCCUGGACCAAGAGUGGGGGUUUCCUCUUCGGGACCCCGAGGAUCGGCCCCGCCGAGCCACCGGGGAAGACGACGACACCUUCCCGCGUGAAAUAGGGCUGGCCUCCCCCGCCUUGGCUUUCAAUUUGUCCUGCGACCCUUUGGAAGGAAGCCUUCUUAAAAUCCAGAGAUAUGGGGAAGCUGCUGGUGUGCAAGAGGCAAAAGGAAGCCGGUCCUUGUUAUCUGUGCCACCCUUUGCCAAGGAGCUCCACAUAGAGAUUGUGUCCUCACCAACCUACAGCACCAGAGGAGUCUAUGACCAAAUUCUCUACCGACACUUUCAAACUCCAAGGCUAGUCCAAGAGGAGGAUAUUUUGUGCAUUCCAACGGUUGGGCAUCCUGAUUUCUUAGAAGAAAAUUCGGAAGAGUUUUUUAGGUGGCCAGACCUGUACUUCAAGGUGAAAAAGGUAUUACCAGUUGAGGAAAAAGAGAAAAGUGUGGGCUACCUGGCUGAUACUCAGAACACUUCUUUAUUCCUGGUUGGGUCUACUAACAGUGCCAUUCCAUCUCUCCCAUCUCAACAUCCCCAUGGUUUUUGGAGCAGCCUGUUACCUGCUGGACUGGGCACUAUAGUGAAGCAGCUCUGUGACAUACUGGGCCCUCACUUGCACAGUAGGGGGACUCUAUUGAAUGGAGCUGGAAGCAUUCUUCUUUCAGGACCAAGUGGUGUGGGGAAAACGAUAGCUAUCAGAGCGGCCUGUAGCUGCCUCAAUCUUCAUUUGUUCAAGGUGGAUUGUGUUGGUUUAUGUGGUGACACCAGUGCAUCUACAGAAGCAAAGCUUUGUGCUGCCUUCUCACAAGCUGAACUCUACAACCCCUGUAUCUUGCUGAUGAAAGAUAUAGAGAUGCUGGGGAGAGAUCGUGAUGGUCUUGGGGAGGACUCCAGAGUUAUCCUUGCAUUAAGGCGCCUUCUCCUUGAUAGGGAGACAAAAACUAGGUAUAAAGAAAGCAAACUGAUGAGCAAGGGCUUUGUUCUGGGAGAUUUUUGUGCUUUACUUUCCCAAAGCAGCCAUGCUGCCUACACAAGGAUCCAGAACACAAGCUUCCUGGGGGGACUGAGUGAUGACGAAGAGCAUGAUUUUUGUGCUGCUGGCUUCCCUCUUCUGGCAGAAGAUUUCAGUGUUGCACUGGAUAAAUUACAUGAAGCUCAUUCGCAGGCAAUAGGAGCCCCAAAGAUACCCUCUGUCUCCUGGCAAGAUAUAGGUGGGCUUCAGGAUGUGAAGAAGGAGAUCCUGGAUACCAUUCAGCUUCCCCUUGAACACCCAGAAUUACUGUCUUUAGGCCUUCGUCGCUCUGGACUUUUACUGUAUGGCCCUCCUGGAACAGGAAAGACAUUGCUAGCUAAAGCUGUAGCAACGGAAUGCACCAUGACAUUCCUCAGUGUGAAAGGCCCUGAGCUCAUAAACAUGUAUGUUGGACAGAGUGAAGAAAAUGUGCGUGAAGUGUUUGCCAGAGCCAGAGCAGCUUCUCCUUGUAUUAUCUUUUUUGAUGAGCUUGAUUCAUUGGCACCCAGUCGUGGUCGGAGUGGAGAUUCAGGAGGUGUAAUGGACAGAGUGGUGUCUCAGCUACUAGCAGAGCUUGAUGGACUUCAUUCUUCAAGAGAUGUGUUUGUUAUUGGAGCUACAAAUAGACCAGAUCUUCUGGAUUCAGCAUUGCUCCGGCCAGGCAGAUUUGAUAAGCUGAUCUAUGUUGGCAUAAAUGAAGACCGAGACUCUCAGCUGCAAGUGCUAACUGCCAUUACCAGAAAGUUUAAAUUAGAUCCUUCAGUGAGUCUCAUUGGAGUCCUUGAUAAAUGUCCCACACACCUAACAGGUGCAGACUUGUAUGCGCUGUGUUCAGAUGCCAUGAUGUCUGCAAUCAAAAGGAAGGUGGAAUGGAUAGAGGAAGGACUGGAUACCGAAAACUCAGAGCUCAUGCUGACGAUGGAGGAUUUUGUAGAAGCUGCAACAGGGCUGCAGCCUUCUGUUUCCGAACCUGAACUGCUUAGAUACAAAUUGAUCCAACAGCAGUUUACUACUUGAUAGCAACCAGCCGGGCUGGAAAGGAAUACAGAUGAUUGAAACCAUUUUAAUUUACUAAUCUGGAAUAAAUUUUGGCAUGGGAAAACCACUGGUGUUGGAGAUGUGAGAAAGGCACUGUUUGCCAGAAUCGACUAGAUUCAGAUGAGAGACAAAUCACGGUCUGGUGGAUUCAGAAAAAAGAGAAAUGGAAGUGAUAUUAAUGGCUGCUCCGUUGGAUAGGAACUGCUGAGCACUAGUCGUAAUUUGUGUACAGUCCCAUUGCUGAUAUAUUUAUGGUGGUCAACAUGGAAUAUACCCCAGGAUGCUAAUAAUGUGGACCUAUGAAAGCAGGGAGAGUCACUGUGUAAGUAUCUAAAACUGUCUAAAUAAAGACAGUUAGGCUUAUAUCCAAAAGCAAGAGAGUAGUUGGUACUUAAAUUUGCUAACACAUCUAGGCCUUUAUAUUGGACUAUAUUGGUGUUGUGUAUGAUUAUCCUCCAUUUAUAUGUGAUAUGGGGAGUGGUUUAGAUUUUUUUAGCCUUUCUGGAAAUACCAGAUAUUUCCAGCUGCACUGGCAAAGAUCUGUAAAUCAGGUAGCCUAGCAAGCUUUAGUCUGACAUAAAAACCUAGCAGGAUAUUCAACUUCAGUUUAUUUAUUACAUGUUUCAUUUGACUUUGUUAAUGAAGCAAAAUGUAGCAGACUAUUACCAGCAUACCAAUAACAUCACUUCUGGAAUAUCAAAAGAAAUUCUCCCCAUG